CCCCUCCCGAGUCCGCGCGCCCGGCACCGUGCGCCCCGCGCGAGGGCCGAGCCCGACUCCGGGCGGGCAGGUGCAGAGCGAGCAGCGGGGUCCGGGACCAAGGACAGAAGCGAGUCUCGCCGGGAGGAAGGCGCCCCUGCUCCCUCCGGCUGCUGCCUCUGCUGCCCGGCGCCACCGCCGAGCCGACGUCCGGAGUCCGGAGCCAGGCAGGGCGCGGGGGGCGCGGGCGCCCAUGGAGCACACGCACGCCCACCUCCCCGCCGCCAACAGCUCGCUCUUCUGGUCCGCCGGCUCGGCCUGCGGCUUGGGCUUCGUGCCCGUGGUCUACUACAGCCUCUUGCUGUGCCUCGGUUUACCAGCAAAUAUCUUGACGGUGAUCAUCCUCUCUCAGCUGGUGGCCAGAAGACAGAAGUCCUCCUACAACUAUCUCUUGGCACUUGCUGCUGCUGACAUCUUGGUCCUCUUUUUCAUCGUGUUUGUGGACUUCCUACUGGAAGAUUUCAUCCUGAACAUGCAGAUGCCGCCAGUUCCCGACAAGAUCAUAGAGGUGCUGGAGUUCUCAUCCAUCCACACCUCCAUUUGGAUUACGGUCCCCUUAACCAUUGACAGGUAUAUUGCUGUCUGCCACCCUCUCAAGUACCACACAGUCUCUUACCCAGCCCGCACACGGAAGGUCAUUGUCAGUGUUUACAUCACCUGCUUCCUGACCAGCAUCCCCUACUACUGGUGGCCCAACAUCUGGACUGAAGACUACAUCAGCACCUCUCUUCAUCAUGUCUUGGUCUGGGUCCACUGUUUCACGGUGUACCUGGUGCCCUGUUCCAUCUUCUUCAUCUUGAACUCCAUCAUCGUGUACAAGCUUAGGAGGAAGAGCAAUUUCCGCCUCCGGGGCUACUCCACAGGCAAGACCACUGCCAUCUUGUUCACCAUCACCUCCAUCUUCGCCACCCUUUGGGCGCCUCGCAUCAUCGUGAUCCUCUAUCACCUCUAUGGGGCGCCCAUCCAGAACCGAUGGCUGGUGCACAUUAUGUCUGACAUCGCCAACAUGCUGGCCCUUCUGAACACAGCCAUCAACUUCUUCCUCUACUGCUUCAUCAGUAAGAGGUUCCGCACCAUGGCUGCUGCCACACUCAAGGCCUUCUUCAAGUGCCAGAAGCAGCCUGUACAGUUCUACACCAAUCACAACUUUUCCAUAACAAGUAGCCCCUGGAUCUCACCAGCAAACUCACACUGUAUCAAGAUGCUGGUGUACCAGUAUGACAAAAAUGGAAAACCUAUAAAGGUAUCCCCAUGACCCCAUGGGUUGGGCACCUAGUGCCUCUGUGUUAUUCAUUUCCAGAUGAGGGGCAUCCCACCCUGUGGCUGAACAGCUCUUCUUAAAAGAGCUCACCUCAUUUCCUAUCUCCACAGACUGAGCAACUCUCAGACUGGUAGAUGUCAAAAAAUGGAAGAGAAGAAAGGAAAGCACUAAUCUUGUUUUUAUUUAUGUAUUCCUUUUCACAAAAUCACGUUGACAGCAAAAGUUCCUACCAGUUGGAAGAUGCUGUUGGAGGUCAUAAGUGUCAUCGUGCUGUGACCAGUGAGAACACCCACUAGAGGAAUAGUCUGUGACUUUGCACCUGGCCCAUCCACAGUCACUGGGAACUGCCCCUUUAGGUGACAGACCAAGUCACAGCGGCACAUAGCUGAAGCCACACUCUUCUUCCAAGAGCUGAGGGAAUCUGUUGCUUCCCUGUGCCAUUCCCAGCAGCUGAUAAUGCUGACUGAUCAGGGAUUUUUCCAAGGUGCCCUUUGUGCUAGAAGGAGUGGUGGCCUUGAAGUGGCCCUGGAACCUCUGGCUGCAGAAUGACAUGAUGGGGAAAGGGGAGUAUUGCAUCUCACCCAAACUUUGACCAGAGCUUCUGCAGGGAGGCUCCAUACCAACAUAUCUACGACCCUUGGAUAUGAGGUCUAAAAUGUGGUUUUCUAUUUGCCAUAAUGUAUAGAUUUUUUCUAUCUCCUCCAAAACAAAGACCCUGCCUGGUGCAUGAGGGGAAAGGAGGAAUUCUUGAGCCCAGAAAAAAAAAAAACAGCCCACUCUUGCCAUUGUUUCAGUCCAUCUCUGUGUCGGCUGUAUACAACUCCCAUAUUCAAAAUCGCUUCUGUGUGGCACCACAUGGCUUCCUAGAAAAGCCUUUUAUGUGUAGAAUCGCCAACCCUGCCUCCUUGCUUGCUGAAGCCCUUUGUUUUAUUUGAAGUGACUUCCUAACCAAAUGUAAUAUUCAAGGGUCAGGAAUGUUAGCUCUCUGGGUAUGAAAGGAGACAUUCUCAGUUCCUGUCCGCAGUCCAGCUGGCAUUGCCACUAGACCACAAACGCAGACACAGCUGACGUGGAAAGGUGUGGAUGCUGCCACAUUUGUUUGCCUGUUUGUUGACACACAUAGCUCAGAAGACUGGUGCCAGUUCUCAGUGAAGGAGUUUAACCCAGACCCUUUGCAAAAUGGUAAAAUAUAAAUGUAUUUAUUUUCCCUUUUUGCCUUUCCAAGGCAAGAACAGUCUGAGGAUGCAAUUAAUAGGGGGUUCCCUGGGAAUUUCCAUUCUUGUGCAAGCGUGCACACACACACACACACACACACACACACACACACGCACACAUGCACAUAUAUUUGAUUCUCUGAGACCCCUCUGUGUCCAGCGAUGUGUUUUGAAAGGGAAGUCCAUGCUGGAGCUCCUCUUGUUUUGCAUUUUUUUUAACUUCUCUCCCAGAUUCUCAGUAUGUGAAUUCAUCCCUGUACUGGAAGAAAUUUUCCAAACUGACUUGGGGGUUGCAUGUUAUUUUUGGUGGCCAAAUAAAAAGCAGACAAUCCACCUGGGACACUUGUUCCCUUAAGCUUGAUUUUUACUGUAUUUUGUCCCUAAAUUGGAAGAUACAUCUUUAUCCUUUUUAUGGGAAUUUGCCAUAAAUGAAUAGGGUAGAAAAGGCCUCAGGGCAGCACAAGCCCUAAACUUCAGCCAAUACUAACUCAAUAUAAUUCUGGGUCCUAUUUGUCCUUGUGAUCCUAAGUCCUACUUGUUUUAAAUGAUUGCAGUAGAAGGGUAGAUUCUAAAGUUAGUGCAAAGAUAAACUCUAGCAGAGCUAAAGUUAUCUGUACAAAGUCCUCAGUAAAGAACAAUGUGGGACAUGAACUACUGUCCCUUUAAAAACCUAAAAUGGCUAAAUUUGUCUUCUGCACUGGAGCAGGUUUCUGGCUUUUUCACUGAAGACAAGACUCACUGGACUCAUGUUUGAGGACUGUGCUGUAUGAGUCUAAUGUGUCUGAGAACAUCAAGACCGCCCUGGUACAGUAAGAUGCUCACACUAAAAGAAGGGCACAGGAGUUGUUCAACUGAGGGCCACAGAUUCCCACUUCCUGUCUGGCUUGCUCCCCAGGGCAUAUGCUCGUUGAGGGGAGUGGCAAAUAGAGUCCCCUACAUCCCUUAAACUGCAAUUUUCUCUUGGUCUCUUUUUUGCCAAGCAUGUGUUGUGGAAUGUGUGCUCACUAUGUAUGGCGUGAUUCCACCACCCCCCUUUAUAAAUGAACACCGACCAAAGGCU